AUGCACGGAGUGUACGGUGCCUGUGUGACACUCUGCCGAGCUGCUGCGGAGGCGUCGCGGAGCAUCAUAGGAGGUGCGUGUUCCUACCAAGGCUUAUCGUUUGAGAACAACGCUGUUUGGAAGCCGGACUCGUGCCAACAGUGCGGUUGCCAUGGGGACGUCGUCCUGUGCGAAGCCGCGGCGUGCAGAGACCCUCGCUGCAACUUUGAGAAGCAGGAAAUACUUCAAAUUCCACCCAAUGCUUGCUGCCCGGAGUGUGCUGAAGGAACGGAAGGGUUUUGUGAGCACGAAGGACAACUCCGAGAACCUAAUGCUGAAUGGGCCGGUUCGGGAUGCAGGACUUGCUCUUGUGCUAACGGAGGGGUCACUUGUGCCCCCAAACGCUGCUCUGCUCUACCUUGCGAGGACAAUGAAGUGGAAUAUAUUGGCCUGGGAGAAUGCUGUCCCCAGUGUGUGAGCAGAAGAGACUCGUGUUCUUUCGAUGGCGAAAUAAUCCCAAACAAGAAGGAACGGCGGCUGAGCCCGUGUGCCAAAUGCGUCUGCCGGGAUGGCUCCCUGCGGUGUUUCACCGCUUUUUGCCCACCUGCAUUCUGUAAUGCGGAUGAAAGCCUCGUCAUACCAGCUGGAAAAUGUUGUCCAGAAUGUGCUCGAAAACCCUGCUUUGCAUCUGGGACGUUAUACCAGCACGGGGAAGAGUGGAAGAAGGAUCCUUGCACUACCUGCGUAUGUGAUACAGGAGAACCCAGGUGCAUGACAAAGAGCUGCCUUCCACUGGAUUGUCGGCAGGUAAUGCAUAAGCUUAAAACUUGGGGAUUUUUCUGGGGAAUUUAG